AUGGAGGUUGAUUCAUUUGCAGCUGCCGCUCCUCUGGGUGAUGAUGAUGAUAAGAUUAUUGGGGGCUAUGAGUGUCCCCGCAACUCACAGCCCUGGCAGGUCUACUUCACCUACAAUGGACAACGUUGGUGUGGAGGGUCCCUAGUUACUGCAAGGUGGAUCAUCUCAGCGGCUCACUGCUACAAGCAACCCAAGACCCUUAUUGCUCACUUAGGAGAACAUGAUACCACCAAAGAAGAGGGGACAGAGCAGCACAUCCAGGUGGAGAAUGCUUAUCAGUACUUCUACUACAGUCAGUAUUAUCUAGACCAUGAUUUCAUGAUGGUUAAACUAGCUGAGCCUGCCCAGUUUAAUCAGUAUGUCCAGCCUAUCCAUAUUGCCGGGAGUUGUCCGAUGGAUGGGAACCAGUGCCUAGUGUCAGGCUGGGGAAAUUUGAAGACAUCUGGUGUGCAGUAUCCUGAUUCUCUGCAAUGUCUGAAUGUUCCUAUUCUGCCAGAAGCCAGAUGUAAGACUUCUUAUCCAAACAAGAUCACUUCAAGUAUGUUCUGUGCUGGUUACUUAGAGGGAGGAAAGGACUCUUGUCAGGGUGACUCCGGCGGACCACUGGUGUGCAAUGGAGAACUAUAUGGAGUGGUGUCAUGGGGUCAAGGGUGUGCCGAAACUGGAUACCCCGGUGUCUACACCAAAGUCUGCAUCUAUAGUGACUGGAUACAGCACGUUAUUGAUAAUUAUUAACGAUGAACAUGAAGCGUACAAACACAUUUGCA